UUGAUAAUUUGUCUGUCACCGGAGCUUACACUACUUCGGCAAACAAAAGGAAAACAGAAAAAAGCAGCAACUAAACUGGAAACCUAUAGGCGCUAAUAUUGGUUUGCUACCAAAUUCCCCAAUUGAAACCCGUCAACGGCUAAACUCCGGCGUAGGCUCGACGAGUUUUUGUCACAUCGACAUUGCUAUUCUAGGGUUGUGUCAAGAUUGAACUGGCAGAUUCUUACCAAAGGUUGGAUUUUUAUUGGAGAAUGAAACAGUAGAUAAAAAUCUAUGACGGAAAAGUAUAAUGUUGAAGCUGCAGAAAUUCUUGCUAACGAGGCACUGCGCUUGCAAAUUUCAGAAGCAGUGCCGAUAUAUGAGCAACUUCUGUCCACGUUUCCCACUGCGGCAAAAUACUGGAAGCAAUAUGUAGAGGCACACAUGGCGGUAAAUAAUGAUGAUGCAACAAAGCAAAUAUUUAGUCGCUGUCUCUUGAACUGUCUACAGAUUCCUCUUUGGCGCUGUUACAUCCGCUUUAUCAGGAAAGUCAAUGACAAAAGGGGGAAUGAGGGUCAAGAAGAGACAAGAAAGGCUUUUGAUUUCAUGCUUAACUAUGUUGGAGCAGACAUUGCAUCUGGUCCAGUGUGGAUGGAGUACAUUGCAUUUUUAAGGUCUUCGCCUGCUCAAACCACGCAAGAAGAAUCACAACGAAUGACCUCAGUGAGGAAAGCAUACCAAAGAGCUAUUGUCACCCCAACCCAUCACGUGGAACAGCUUUGGAGGGACUAUGAGAAUUUUGAAAAUUCAAUUAGUCGAGCCUUGGCAAAAGGGCUGGUCUCUGAAUACCAACCAAAAUAUAACAGUGCGAGGGCUGUAUACAGAGAAAGGAAGAAGUACAUUGAUGAAAUUGAUUGGAAUAUGCUAGCGAUUCCACCUUCCGGCUCUUCCAAGGAGGAAAUGCAAUGGAUGGCAUGGAAAAGACUUCUAGCCUUUGAGAAAGCAAACCCCCAGAGGAUAGACAGUGCUUCUGCUAAUAAAAGAAUUGUGUUCACAUAUGAGCAGUGCCUCAUGUAUUUGUAUCAUUAUCCUGACAUAUGGUAUGAAUAUGCCACAUGGCAUGCAAAAGCUGGUUCAAUAGACUCUGCUAUCAAGGUUUUCCAGCGAGCUCUAAAAGCUCUUCCUGACUCCGAAAUGCUCAGAUAUGCUUAUGCUGAACUUGAGGAAUCACGUGGAGCCCUUCAGGCUGCUAAAAAAGUAUACGAAAAUCUUCUGGGGGAUGGAUCCAAUGCCUCAGCACUGUCUCAUAUCCAGUUUAUAAGGUUUUUAAGAAGAAGUGAAGGAGUUGAAGCAGCUCGCAAAUACUUUCUUGAUGCACGGAAAUCUCCAAAUUGCACUUACCAUGUCUAUGUAGCUCACGCGAUGAUGGCUUUUUGUCUUGACAAGGAUGCAAAGAUGGCACACAAUGUUUUCGAAGCAGGGUUGAAACGCUUUAUGCAUGAGCCUGGAUAUAUCCUUGAGUAUGCAGAUUUCCUUUAUCGUUUGAAUGACGAUAGAAACAUCAGAGCAUUAUUUGAACGAGCAUUGAGCUCACUCCCCCCAGAGGAAUCUGUUGAGGUUUGGAAAAAAUUCACUCAAUUUGAGCAAACGUAUGGAGAUCUUGCCAGCAUGUUGAAGGUUGAGCAGAGAAGGAAAGAAGCUCUUUCCAGAACAGGUGAUGAUGGAACAUCAGAGUUAGAGAGUUCGUUGCAAGAUGUUGUAUCACGCUACAGUUUCAUGGAUCUGUGGCCUUGCUCUUCAAAUGACUUGGAUCAUCUAGCACGCCAAGAGUGGCUCGCGAGGAACAUCAACAAAAAAACUGACAAACCUACUCUUGGUAUUGAGGCAGGUUCUGCAGAUAAGACUUCUUCUGGUGUUUUGUCCAACACAAAUCCCCCUGCCAAGGUUGUGUAUCCAGAUACUUCAAAAAUGACAAUUUAUGACCCAAGGCAAAUGUCAGGUCCUGCUGCUCUUGCGGUUCCAUCUGCUUCAGGCACCUUACCUUGUUCUGGUAGCAGUGGUGGACCACCAAAUGCUCUUAAUGAUAUUCUGAAAUCGUUGCCCCCUGCAUUUGCAGCGUUCAUGGCAAAUUUGCCAGCUGUUGAAGGUCCUACUCCUGAUGCUGAUUUCGUGAUAUCCGUAUGUUUGCAAAGCAACAUUCCUUUAGCAACCGGAAAAUCAGGAACCGCCUCUUUUCCGUUGCAGUCAGGCCCUGCUCCAUCUACGAGUGACAUCUCUGAUUCAAGCAAAUUCAGGUCGAGAGACAGACAGACUGGAAAGAGGAAAGACAUGGAUAGGCAAAAGGAUGAUGAAUCGUCGACUGUACAAAGCCAGCCCCUUCCUAGAGAUGUUUUCAAGAUUCGCCAAUUACAAAAAACCCGUGUUGCUAGUUCGUCUCGAGUUACUAGUUCAUACACUGGAUCAGCGUCUUAUGGUAGUGCUCUUUCUGGAGACCUCUCGGGCAGCACUGGUUGAUACAUUCCAAAUUCCUGCUAUUUGCUUCUGGCCAUUCUCUACUGUAAUUUACUUGCAAAGAUGGAGUAAUAUUUAUCAUUACAUGUCAGUAUCAAGAACUGUUACAUGUUCAAGAAAUCUAUAGCAGCAAAGAACGCUCUUCGUCUCUGCGUUUCCUUUCACAACAAGAGAACCGCGUCCGCAUCAGUCAGUGGUGGAAGGUUUCCGAGAAGGCAUCGGCCUCUAGCCCAACAAUGGAGCUAGGUGUAUACAACAUGUCGAUAUUUCUUUCAAAAGUGAGAUACCGGCUUUCAUAAAAGCGAUAUAUUAUGUAAAGUAACUGACUGAGAAACAUAACAGGAAAUUGUUCUGGUGGUUACUUUAUCUACAGUAUAGCUAGGGAUGAUAAUCUUAUUUCAGUGUGAUGGAAAUAUUUAUUUUUGUUUAUGUUGCUUUCUGGAAUUAUGAAUUUCCUCCCUUGUAUUUAAAGACCUUUUAUUGAAGUUGGACUUUGUGAAGACUA